UAAUAUUAGUGCAGAACACUGUACCUUUAAUUUAAAAUGCCCUUGGAGUCUGCUGGGGAAGAGAAAUAAUACUGUCACUCAGUAUGACAUGCAGAUGAGUGCCGUCGAUCUUAGAAUCACCGCACACUUCACUCAUUUGGCCAGUCACGGGGGCCAAAACCAGUGUUUGGAGCCACAGUGUGGCGGUGGAGGCAGCAGCAAUGGGAGGCCAUACAGCACCCUAUGACAAAAAUGGAAACCAGCAGGAGGUGAGGAGACCUGAAAGUGGCACAUGGCAGAGUGUGGCGAUGGAGACAGCAGCAAUGGAGGGGGUCAGGGACCCUUUAGAGACUCUGGACCUGGCGCAGAAAGAGGGGCGGUAUAGGGGCCAAUGGCAGAUUAGGGGGCCGGCAGCACAUCAAUGGAGGCCGUACCGGGACCCCUGAGAGACUGUGGGCCCGGCAGCAGCAUGAGGAGGCGGUAUAGGGGCCCA